CCGACGCCUCCACACGCCACAGUCGCACACCGCAAUGGCUUUAGUCAACGCCGUAACCGUGUACCUGCUCAUCUUCUCCGUCGUGGCAUUAGGGGCAGGCAAACACAAGAAGGCGAAGCCGAAGAAGUUUGCGACGAGCAGCACCAAGGGGCUGCAGUGCUACAACUGCUUGUCCUUCGACCACCCCGGCUGCUGGGACCCCGAACACCCAGAUUUCGCCAAUAUCACGGUCCCCAACAUCGACUGCUACAUUCCGGGGAUGGCGUUCCUGUGCAUCGUCAUCACGUCCGAGUCCGCCAAGCUGGUGGAGACGGGCCAGGAGAUCGGGCCGGUGCGAGCUCGCACCUGCGUCCCCGCCAAGGACUUCUCCAAGAAGACGGUGUCGUACAGCAUGUGCAGCAAGCUCAGCAAGGAGCUGUCGGCGUCGGAGAUCUUCUCGCGCAUCGCCGUGACGCGGCCGCACUGCCAGCUGUGCCGCAAGCACCUGUGCAUCGACGCCUCGCGGUGCUAG